AUUGUAACGAUGAAAAUGAUGAUGAUGAUAAGUAGUCAAUAUUUUCUAGGAGAAAUGCUGUCAUGUUCCUGAGCGGGCUAUCUUGAAUCAGUGAAUUGUUAACGUUUGUCCCACAAACGUCUCAUUAUAGAAUUUGGCGUCUACAGAUGUUUUUUUUUUUUCAGGAUGUGGAUUCUGCACUAUUCUUUGUAUCGACAUCAGUUCUGCCAUGUGAUUCUUGAUUUUCUAGUCUUUUUUCUUCUUUCACUUUUUCAAACAUCGGCUUCCAUAUAUAAACACCACUUCCGACCCCAACUGCCAUAACAACGCAAAGCUGAUGCAGAGGCAUUCGCGCAAUACGAGAAAGCAUGAUUUGGAAAAUUAUUGAUACAAAAGCACCAGGCGAUAGGGAUAUCUAUUUUUUCUGAGCCCACGAAGUUGCAUAGCAUUGUCUUGCCCCAGGCCCCUCCUGAUGCAACAUGGAACGCUUGGUCAAAAUCAAUUCUUGUCAAAUUCUGCGUGAAAUUCUUCAGGUUCUUUUCUUUCUCGAGAUUUUAAGCCGCAAAAGCUAGAAAAAGGGGAGCUUGAGCUAUUUAUGCAGUAUGAGGAGUCGGUGGUCAAAACCGAACGAAAAGUCUUCGGAAGAGAGUUUCUCAGCAGUGGCAAUUGAGAAGGAAAAUAACACCUUACCAACAUUCCAGCGGAAACUCUUCUCCUUUCUUUUACUGUUUAGAAUCUUAAAUGCUUGGCUUGUGAGAACGUGGUUUGUGCCGGAUGAGUAUUGGCAAGGACCUGAAGUAGCUCACAGACUCGCGUUUGGGUAUGGAUAUUUGACGUGGGAGUGGAAACAAGGCCUUAGAGGAUACACUCUACCUCUUGUGUAUUCCAUCGCUUACAAAGUUCUCUAUAUCCUCGGCUUAGACAGUGCAGAAGUAGUCAUUUUUAUCCCAAAUGUUAUUCAGGCAGUCCUUGCAGCAGUGGGGGAUUUAUAUUUGUAUAAACUUGCUAUCAAGUUGUUUGGACCUCAGGCUGCAAAGUGGGCAUUGCUCUGUAAUUUGUCAUCAUGGUUUACAUUUUAUUGUGUUACAAGAACGCUUUCUAACUCAUGGGAGACCGUGCUUACAACAAUUGCAUUGUAUUAUUGGCCACUGGAACUUUUACAAACAACCAAGGUUAAGGAUAUUGACCAAAGCUCAAAUAUUUCCAUCUCUCUUAUUGUGGCAGCAUUUGCCUGUAUAAUUCGUCCUACAUCUGCAAUAUUAUGGCUCCCUUUAUCCACACUUCAUAUCAUAAGAACAGAAAGGAAAUUAUAUUUUAUAUUACUUCAAGCUUUGCCUGUUGGUCUUCUGGCAUUGUGCUGGUCACUUGUUAUUGACAGUUUCUUCUAUGGCCACUGGAUGGUUGUACAGCUGAAUUUUUUGUUGUUCAAUGUUGUCAAGGACCUAGGAACGUUUUAUGGCAGCCAUCCAUGGCACUGGUAUUUCACCCAAGGUUUUCCUGCCAUCAUCUUCACUCAUCUUCCUCUGUUUUUAUGUGGUGUUUAUAAAAGUUCCCAAAGGAUUCUGGCAGCUCUUGUAAUGUGGGUUCUAAUGGUUUACAGCUUUCUUGGGCACAAGGAAUUCCGAUUCAUCUUCCCAGUUCUUCCUAUCUGCAUGUGUUAUGCUGGUAACUACCUGGUAUACCUUAAUUCGUCAUUUAAAUCUGGUACCAAGUCGCCUAGUAAGAAGCACACCCUGCCCAGGAAAAUUACCAUAGCAACCAUAGUGUUUGGACUUGUGUGUGCUAGUAACGCCCCCAUAGCCCUCUAUACCAGUUUGAUUCACCAGCGAGGUGUUCUGGAUAUGAUGGGAUAUCUUCGCCAAGAGGCUAAUGUGCAGCACAAACCAAUCACUGUGAUGUUUCUGAUGCCAUGCCACUCAACACCAUUCUACAGCCACAUACAUAAAAAUAUCAGCAUGAGAUUUCUUGAGUGUCCUCCCAAUGACAACCCAGACUACAUUGAUGAAGCUGACAGAUUCUACCGUGAUCCAAUGAAAUGGCUUGAUGGUUACCUGGCAACAGAGCAUAUAACUCUACCAACACAUAUUGUGCACUUUAGCGUGCUCACCCAGAAAAUCAAGCCAUAUCUUGGGACAAAUGGCUACUCUAAGUGUGCAGAGUUUUUUCAUACUCACAUACCUGAAGGGCGGAUAGGAGGCAGUGUACAUGUUCACUGCAUAAAGACAAACUCCACAAGACAUUAGAGGCACUCCAAACAAAAGGGACGACAAGACAUUAGAGGCAUUCCUAGCUAACAUGCAACCCAGCGCUCCAAACAACUGUGUACUUCAGGAAACUGCAAGGAGACUGUUAUAAGGUUCCUUUGGACUGUCUACUACAAUUUAAGAUUGAAAAAUGUAUAAAACACUGUUUUUUUUAUAAGGCAGGUGACAUCUUUUAAUAUGGAGGCCAAUGGGCCAUUUUACAAAUAAUCAUAGUAAUUAGAGCAUUAAAGCAAGGCUUUAGUAGGCAAAAAAAAGAUGGAACAAGAAAGCCUUUGUAGAUGCUCCUAUUCUGAUGAAAUUGGAGUUACUUUCAAUACAAAUGACAACAUCUAAUGUCAAUAAGCACCAGAGAAUAUACCAAAACCAGGUUCAGUUGAACACAGAAGUAAUAAGAUAUGUGUGAAUUUGUGCAUUGCGCAACUGGUUUCAUGCUGAAAUGCUUGGAUAACAGUUUCCCUUAUAAGCCAGACAUCUCAACCUGGCUCUAUACGAGUCCAUAGGCUUCACAGCAAGAAGCAAAUCAAGUGACACUAUUAAGGGCCAAUAGAAGCCAAGUCUAGUUUGCAUUGACAUACUCAGAUGGAUUUCAAUCAUACCAAUGCAAUAUACGGUGACCAAUCAGAGGAUAUGCACGUCAUUAGAAAACUUACACAAGUGAAAGCAUUAUGGAAAUCCUCAACCUGCUAGCAGAGCUUUCUUGUUUGUUUCCAGCAGCCUCUAGCUAUCCAUGUGCAACAUAUAAGUGAACUGCUAGAAACACACAGAAAGAGAUCUCUGCUAGCAGGGUAGGAAAUCAUUGACACUCUAAAAACUCAAAAUUCCAGUAAGGUGUAUACCUUAUUUGAAGUAUGGUUGGACCUGACAAUCAAUAUUGGAACGACCACACACAAAAACAAAUCAAGUGUCUAUUUGCUGUUUUAAUAUCAAAACAAAUUGAAAUGAAACAAAUCAAUACAAUCAUGUUAUUAUCGUGAAUAAUACAAUGAAGGGAGAAGAGAUAUGUUCACUGAGGUUAACAUUUCAAAUUGUGGAAAUAUAACAGCAAGAAUAUAGCAUAGCAGAUCAAGCCAAACCCUCCUCCACUAUAGUAAUUUGGUGAAAACUACAUAUUAAGACAAUUGUAAAGUAUCAAGAUGUUUACACAAAUACAUUGCAAAGGUCUUUUUGGUAAAAAGUGAUACCAAAAGUACAUUUGAGAAAUUGUCA